AUGCAAAGUCGAACUUCAACUAGAGCUUACUUAGGUAGAGGUCAAGGCUAUUCGACUCUUUUCGUCCGGCUUAGUUCCGGCGACGCUGAGAUCGAUGCCACUGGUCAAUGUCGGUACGCCGAUUCUGCCAAAGACACUCAAUUCUUUCUUUGCGUACGUCUGAACGUACUCUUUCUUUUCGUUGCGGCAAUCAAGAAACAGCAGAUUCUGCAAAUAACGAUCAAAUGUUACUUGUCUGCCGUACAUCACCUGCGUAUUCAAUAUGGCGAUGGAGACCCGUUUGCGUCUGCUCUUCUCCAACUAACAUAUGUUCUGCGUGGAGUGCGCCGCACGCAGGGUGAAGGCGACGUUCGUCAGCGUCUUCUCAUCACACCGAUGGAGCUCCGCGCGAUCAAGGCCGUCUGGUCUCAGCAGCCUUUCAGCUACAAUACGGUUAUGCUCUCGACCGCGUACUGCACGGGUGUGGUCGGUUUUCUGAUUGCGGGCAAAUUCAUCGUGUUAUCAUUGUCGGCCUUCGUCCCUGCAUCUCACCUCACACCUCAUGAUAUUACGACCGAUUCUCACGAGAACCCAAACCUUGUGCGUUUGCACCUCAAGCAGUCAAAGGCUGGUUGUUUACUGAAAGCGUGGGAGAAAUCACCAUGUAAAGAAUUACUUUCACCAGAUUCGGCAAUUUUUGUUGCAAACAAGUGGGAUUUGGUAAAGAGAAACGAAAAAGACAAGACGUCAGAUAUUCUUAAAGAACAACUCAAGCAACGGUGGCGAGGCUUCAAAAGUCAUCAGCUGUUAACAAUCAACUCAAUGCUAGCUGAAGCAUGUCGGGACAGCACAGGCGAGUCAACUCCAGAGCUAAUAGCUGUCUGUAAAGCUAUUACAAAAAUGCUUCCAGGGUCACUCAACAACAUUAUUGCAAAAUCUCUAAGAAGACCUUGUGACUUCAUAAUCUUUACCGAGAAUUUGUUGAAAAGUGCUCUGAGGCAGCUGAAAUUUCCUGUUGAACAAAGACAGAAGAAGAAAACUGAGAGCUGGGAUGAUCUACACAAAGUUGAGACAUUGCUAGAAAAGAUGAAAAUGGAAGUCAAUGCAAAGAUUGGUGAUCUCAAAAUGAGGUUUUUAUCUCACCUGGAGUCGAAAGUGGUUCGUGAAAGUUUUCAUAAAUUGGAUAUAUUAUCCCUAUCAGUUGAAGAGAAGGCAGCCUUUGAUGCCAAAAACGUAGCACAAUUCGUAGCUAUAAGACUAGGUCAGAUUGCAGAAGAUUUCCUAGACACAAGCGAGUUUCGAGAAUGGGCUAACACAAAGUUGAAGAAAGAUGUUACGGAAGCACGGAGAUUGCUCCAUACAACUAGUUUGCGCAUUCAUGGUCCUCAUGCAUACAAAAGGUCAGCAGUACCCUCAGUGGUAGAAACAAUUCAUGCUUUCGCGACAUUUGAAAUAGCCAUGGGUACAGGAGCUGUCGCAAGUGCAAUCACAGGAAUGCUGAUAGGACAGUUUGUCUUUGAGGCUGGAGUAUCAAUAACAAUUGUAGGAAGCGCAACUGUUAUAGGUGCACUAGUAGCUUUUCCUAUAGGACUCGCUCUUGGCGCAGUUGGUGCGGCGGCUAUUUUAGCAACCAGAAUACAACUGAAAAAAAAGAAGGUGGAAGCUUUUCAAAAAAAUGUGAAAGAAGUUUAUGACAAGAGAAUCACGAACAAAGACAAACAUUUAACAUUUGUAAACAACCUGAUCUCGACGUUGGCAAAGUGUCGUUGUCCGCUUGUAGAAGAUCUAUUAGACACACUUCCUCAAAUGCAUGAUCAACUGCACAAAACCUUACUUGGAAUUGAAAAGGCAAAGGAGGAAAAUUGUCCAAAGUAUAAAGAAUUGUUAAGCAAAUUUCAGAACCUAAAUGGCAAAGUAUCAAUUUUGACUCUCCAAUGCAUGCCUCACAAAUUUACCAGCAAUGAUAUCUUGUGGCCACAGUCGAACCCACCAGUAGGUAGUGGAAGUUUUGCUGACGUUUACAAACUCACCAUUCCUGGAGAGGGUAAAGUUGCACUAAAAGUAAUAAAACAUGAUAUUACACAGGGAAACACAGCUUCUGAAGUGAAGAACGAAUUUGAAGUUUGCAGAAAAUUCAAUCAUGAGAACAUUGUCAAGUUUUUGGGGUCAGUACAACUCUCGUUACACCCUUUGAAGAUAGGAUUGUUGUACGAAUGGUGCGACAGCGGAACUUUGGCUUCUUUUAUUAAAGAUGCCCAGAAGGAACCAGCUUACACAAUACAUGGCUUUCCCAUUGCUCGAAGUCUUGCACUGGAUAUGCUCAAUGGGAUUCGUUAUCUACAUGACAAUGGCAUCAUUCAUAGAGAUAUGAAACCUGAAAAUGUGCUCAUAACAGGUCAGAAAAGCGUGCGUCUUGCAGACAUGGGACUGUCAAAGCCAAUCGAACAAGUGAAAGGUACACUAUGUGGAACACUGUGGUACAUAGCACCGGAAGUAUUUCGUGAAAAGCCGUACACAGAACUGGUAGAUAUUUUUAGUUUCGGGAUCAUUAUGUGGGAGCUAUGGAACAAAAAACGAGUUAAUGAAGUCACAGAGCCACCUCUGUUCCAGCGUUUUUUGGAGAGGGUAGAGACAGGUGAGCUACGUCCAGGUGACGGACAAUUUAUUGGUGAAGAGAUCCCGUACGGAACCCUCUCCGAAUCUCAACGUAAUCAGCAACUCAAGCCAGCUACUGCAGUCGAUGUGCCUCCGACUACAAUUAAAGCGUGGGCAGAUGCUGCAAGAGCAUGCUGGUCAUCAAAUCCUGAUAGUCGGCCAUCAGCACAUACAACGCAUGAAAUAAUAUGUGCUAUAACUGUUAGACGCGACGACUGACUACGUAUUAAAACUCGUAAUACAUGCGAGCCAUUCUUACUACAAAGGUGUCAAGUGUUCUGUGCAUUUGAAUGUGGUAUAGGCCGUGACUGAACACCAUAACUGCUUCUAAUAUAUGUAGUUGUUGUUGCUGUUUGCAUGUUAAAAAGUCGCGAUUCGUGUGAGCUUGUAAGCUAGCUGUGUUCUAUUUAAUCAUACAAUUGCCAUUGCAGCAAUUAUGCAAAUGUCAAAUAUUUUCUUUCUGAGAAACUGCGGGUAUGAGUUUACUCUAUGUUUGCUGUUAAAUUUGGGUUGUUAUUAAGUCGAUUAAUUCAACGUCCAACUGCCAACUGUAAUAGACGUCAAUCUAAG